AUGUGGAUCAAAGUACCAGGUGAAAGUGAUGGCGAAUGUAAUGGCGGUCCUGCAGCUGGUGAUUUUUUUGAAGAGGCCUUUCAGAAGCUGUGGGAUCAAGGGUAUUUGGUCCAUGAGCUUGGUAUGAAACCAAUUGAGAAGACAGAUUCGAAGGACGACGGCGGAGUUAUCCAGUAUCCACCUGAAAAGUCUGGUCUUUCCAUAACGGUACAAGUCAACAAUCCGUCGAAUACUGUCACUCCUACGCCCGUUCCAAACUCUGCAUUGGAUGGCACUCAAAAUGCUCUCACGGACGUACCAAAUGACAGCGCCCCAUGGGUACAGAACUCGAAUCCUGCUUCAUCGGAUACUACUACCUCCCAGCUGGCUCCAACUAACGGCGAUCUACCGUGGGUUCAGAGCUCUGAUCCUGUCCCUUCAAGUAAUGACGUUACUCAGGCAGCACCUUCAAGUAAUGACGUUACUCAGGUAGCACCAACCACCGGCGACGCCUAUAAGUGGAAAGCAAUCCCAUCGAUCUUUCAAACUCUACCAGACACUAGCGUGUCGCACGUGACUCAAAAAGUUGACACCGUCGAAGAUACGGUAAAUAAAAACGCAAACGAGAUCGCCAAUACCGAUGUGACUCAGAUCGGCGUACGUAGACUCUAA